UCAUAGUUCAAGGCUUUAAAUAUUAAAUAAGGACACUCAAUAGCCACCACUAUCCGCCAGCCAAGAUGCCUUCCUACGAAUUAGCCCUGGUGCUGCGCCAGUUGCCCCGCCCCGAACUGAUUUCCGUGAUCAAGCGGACGGCAGAGUCGAUCCUGGACAAAGGAGGCAUCAUCCGCAAGCUGGAGAACCUGGGAACCCGCGCUCUGCCCCACAAAGUCAGCGAACACGGAGUGGUUCAUCGCGAGGGCACCCACUUCACCAUCGCUUUCGACACGGCGCCCACGAGGAUUGCUGACCUAAAAGAAGAAUUCGGCCGGGAUAUCGACAUCGUUCGUCGCUAUAUCUUCAAGGUGGAGGAACCGGAGGUUAAGCCCUGCACGCUGCACGAGGAGAUGCUGCCGCCCGCCUAUCGCAAGGAUGUCCAGGAGAUCAUCGCAGCGGCCCAGAAAAAGCAGAAGAAGAAGUACAAUUACAACUCCGGUUUGGACUACUAUCCCUUCCAGAAGUAGAAGCCUCAAUAAAGCUAAAAAUCUAUUCUCUAAAACAACCAA